AGCUAUUCACCUAACGCGGACAUUUAAAAACCAAAACCGUGUCAAACUACCCUAGUCGGCAUCUGUACACUGAUCUGUCGCUACAUGGAUUUCCUCAAUGUAUUAAUUACCAAAAUGGAAUUUUACUUGAUAGCUGAAUUUAUAAUUUGAUACGGAGGAUGACAGACUCAAAAUCCAACACAGCGCGAUAGUUGAUUCAAGUCCAGCAGAGAGUAUGCGUCUCGCGCUAAGUGAACGUAGCGUUAUAUAUUUCGGGUCCGUUCGAGUAGGCUGACCCUGGAGGAUGGCGGGCGUGUUCGCUACAGACAGUCUCAGGUCCUACACGAUCUGUUAAAGACAACAGUGGGGAUUAUAUAAAUAUAUGUGUUUAUAUGUAGUUCCGCCGGGACUGUGUUGUUAGCGAUGGCUGUGAGCUUAAUAAUCGCAACAUACAUGUGUAUUUUACAUAUUCAUUUAUUGGGAUAUACCAAGGUACAGGCAGAUCCGUGUGUUGAAGGUCAGUAUACAAUAAUUGAUGACGUCAGACGUCGACCAAUCUUCAAUCCCGGUCAACUGUGUGAUGAUAAACUGUCACCCGGAUGGUACAGAUUUCUACUCAACGGAACUGACGCGGAGAUCCCCACAUCCUGUGUUGAGAGUAAAAGCUGUGGCACAUUUGCGCCGGUAUGGUUACGACUUCCGGCUGAGGGUUUACCACUUCCGGGAAAAACUAGAAAUGGCGAAGGAUGUGCUAAUUAUGAGGACUGCUGUGCCUUUUCCUUUCCCGUAGUAAUUAAAAACUGUAGAGACUUCUUUAUAUAUAGACUAGAGUGGAUUUACGGCUGUCCAGUCGCUUACUGUGCUUAUACUCCUCUAACAACAUGUUCCCAGGGACAAAUCUAUAUACGUCAUUUACAUAGCUGUAUUGAUCACAUAGUAGAGAUUACAAAACCUGUUAUACGUGUGCGCGUGAAAGGUAGUUCCAUAUCAUUAAACUGUACUUUCCACAUUCCGAAUGACGUCAUCGCUUCUACGUCACCCACAUUCCAUGUCGUUUGGUACAAAGGAGAGAGAGGGUUAUCAUCAAUAAUUCGCAAAACAUUCCGAACGGACACAAGUGACGCAAUUCGUGUAGGAAAUGACGUGUACGCGGGUAGAUCGAUAACAUGCGCAGUGCAGCCGGUAUCUGGAGUGCCCUCUGGUGAGAUAUCCAGUGACCCGUAUUUCUUGGGCGUUAAGAUCCAGGACGGUAACGUAACGCUGACGGAGGAUGGCCCAGUCCAGAACCUCACCUGGGUAUCACGACUACCUAUACUGUGUAACAAGCGGAGGAGAAGGCGAGCUAACUCGUGUGGGGCUAACCUCAUUUUCAGACUCGGCUCCCACGGAGAAGAUCGUUUUUCGAAAGUUUCAUUUUCCUCCUGUAAGAUACCCCUUCGGAGAGUUAAACGUUGUCCACGGAAUAUAUGUGCUCUGGAUCAAAUCCAGGUCGGGGUCGCCAGAAACCUGUACAAUCUGGAGCCAGAAGAGUAUGAUAUGACCGGCGAUAUCUAUUUCCAGGACGGGAGACUAUGGGGAGACACUCUAUCUAAAACCUAUAUAACUGUGUAUGAUCUUCCCUCCGCCACGUGUUUCGCAGUGUCAGGGGUCCAAUUAUUAACGUUCAGUUCGAGAAAAGAGAGAAUAAUGAGACGAGGGACCUACGUUUUAUUUCAAAGCGUUGACAGUAAUAUAGAGAUACACAUGCGAGUUGGGUAUUGUUUGAGGGAGGACGGACUGUGUAUAUGUGGGGUAGUAUUAAGAUAUAGAGAAAACGUUGUUACUAUCGAUACGUGUCGGCAAAAUACCAGAAAUGAAAAUGACGACAUUGAAGUAGACUUCCGGCUACAGUCUCAUGGCAGUGGUGGACCCAUCGUUUCUAAUAUGAAAGUUUUGGAAGGACGGAACAAUCGCCUUAUUCACAUACUGCUUAACGCAGAGGCACGUGUGCGUGUGGAUAUCAAUUCCGGACAGAUAGGAGUUGCCGUUCACGUGUCCGGUUAUUACACAGGAAAGGCAGAGGGACUGUGUGGACCAAUCACAUCGCUCGACAUAUCAUCUACCGGACCGGAAGUAAACAGACUCCCGGCGCCCCCUACUAGUACCAAUUCAUGGAGGUUUGCUCCUGGACGAAGCUACUUCGACCGACCACCGACACGAAAUAUUGAUAGCCAAUUCGAUAUCACGUGUGAUUGUUCCUUGGCAACAGCAGGCAAUCCAUGUCCGGAAAUGAAACCCUUUUUGACAACACAUCCAUUCAAAAGAUUCAAGGAUGUUACUAACGACUGGUGGAAUAGUGCCGUGGUACCUCCAGAUUACAGGUUUUCUGGUGAUGAAGACGUGGCCGAUGUUGAUAUAAGAGAAACUGUAAGCGAAGCAACUGCAAGUGAAAGGUGUGGUGAAUUCUUGUUGGCGUCAGACAUAGCCGACACAUGUACAGAUUUUAUCAACGAGAAAAUACAAAUCAUCAUAGAAUUGUGUAUAACAAUGGCAAUGGUCAACGAUGAAUCGUCAUGGAAACCAAAUAUUUUAAGACUUACCGAAAGUAUCUGCGAAUCUACCUUGGUUUCAAAGCCAUUUGAUAUAGAAACUAACGCGUCACGUGACAGUUAUAUGAAUGUGACGCUCUGCCCAGGAAAUUGUUACAAUAACGGAUUUUGCAGUGAUGAUGGAUGUAUAUGUUACUAUGGUUUCCAAGGAGUAGAGUGUCUCACAAGUCUAGUGUCAACGACAACGUCUACCUCGACAACAACACCAACAACAACUACCACAACUACCACCCCAACAACCACAACUACCACUACCACUCCAACAACCACAACUACUACUCCGACAACUACAACUACUACCACUCCAAUAACCACAACUACCACUCCGACAACUACAACUACAACUACAACUCCAACAACUACAACCACCACUCCAAUGACCACAAAAACAACCCCGACAACCACUGUUUCGAUAACCACACCGACUACGACACCUAGCAGUAAAUCCUCUACAACAACUGUCUUGAAGACAACAAUGGCCACAACACCACGACCAGUCCUUCAGAUACUUUUUACGACAUGCGAAAGACGAACAGGAGGAUGCGGUAGUGUACGUAUGUACCUGAAACGCCCCCUGAAAAACUUUAGCGGAGGAUGUGCAGUGCGACAUAUCCAGUUUAAGGACGGAGUCUGGGUGCCCAGCAGCAACAUGGAGAGGGCGAUCAUGAGAUAUAUAAACAUAGAGACAGUGGAGUGUAUGUUACCCGAAGAGUCCCGGGGGACGGACUUCACAACAUAUCAGGUUUAUGUGUUUGACUCUCACGGACACAUGUCGUCCACCAUGGUCUCCGCCAUUGACAGCGUUUGUCAGACGUGUUCAAUGGAAACAGGCUGCAGCUUCCGGGAAAACUCUUGUUUUAUCGACGAUAAAUGUUUCAACAGAGGCGAAACGAACACGAACAACCAUUGUCUGCAGUGUUUACCAGCACAGAGUGUGACAAUGUGGUCACCUCGCGAAGAUAAUCGUCGCCCGGUAGCGAGGCCGAAACAAACAUCUUUUUCAAUGAUUCAAGGAGACACUAUUUACACACGUGUUAACGCGUCAGAUCCGGAAGGAUCACCACUGAGUUUCAAAGUGGAUAGAGAGGAUGCCUAUAUAAGUCGGCAGGGGAUGUUUAAGUGGAAGUCAAGCGUUAGGUCACUGAGGAGAAACGGAAGUGCUGAAGUGUUCCGAGUGUCAAUAACGGACAAAUGUGGCGGGAAACGCACAGUAGUUCUACUUGUGGUAUUGUACCAGUGCGGAUGUAAACAUCACGGGGAGUGUGUCAGUCGGACUGUAAACUACAACAGAACAGCCAAUAGCUAUGAAUGUAACUGUCCGACUAGCUAUACUGGUUCUCGGUGUGAAUCAAGAGUUAGCGCCUGUAGAAGUAACCCUUGUUACCAGGGUGUUACGUGCUCUGACGUAGGAGAUGGGUUUAGGUGUGGCCAAUGUCCAGUGGGCAUGACAGGAAAUGGAAUCACAUGCGACAGAAGUUGUGCCUCCAAACCGUGUUUUCCCGGAGUACAAUGUAGAGACAUGGCUAUGUCUGACCCUGGUUUUACCCAUAAUGCCUUCGCCUGUGGAGAGUGUCCGCCAAACUACCUUGGUGAUGGCCAAAGGUGUAAGGCGCAAAGUGCGAACAUGUGUGAAAGAAACGUUUGUUCGCCACUUACUACCUGUAGGGAAACAAGACGCUAUCCAUAUUACAAGUGUAGUGCGUGUCCAUACGGUUACCUUGGUAACGGCACAACCUGUACAGCAAACACCUGUAACCAGUACUGCCCCCGGAAUCGUAUCUGUGUCUCCCCGGGAGUAUGUGCCUGUCGCCAAGGAUACACAGGUUUUAUAUGUCACCGACCUGUUUGCAAUCCACAUUGCCUGAAUAUGGGUUUUUGCCAAAGUGUAAAUAAAUGUCUAUGUAGGCAGGGCUACACUGGAGCGAGGUGCGAAACAGCGCAUUGCAAUCCGUCCUGUAUCAAUAACGGUCUAUGUAUCAGACACAACAAGUGUAGAUGUCAUGGAGGUUAUGGAGGAUAUCGCUGUGAGAUACCUGUUUGUAAUCCGCCGUGCAAAAAUGGUGGUGCAUGUCUUCCUGGUAAUAAGUGCCGAUGCACCCCGAACUACAAGGGUAAAGUGUGCAAUAAACCCAAAUGUUCACCGAAGUGUCAACACGGUGGAAAGUGUGUAAGUCCAGGAGUGUGUAGAUGCCGCGCUCGACACCGUGGACCUCGAUGUGAGAGAGCUGUAUGCCGAUUCCCAUGUCAAAACGGUGGGGUAUGCUCCAGUUACAACCGCUGUCAAUGUCGCCACGGUUUCCAUGGUCGCAGAUGCCAAUUUGCGCACUGUCGCCGAGUAUGCUUGCACGGGGGCCGUUGUGUGGGCGUCAAUCACUGCACGUGCAUCCAUGGUUACACUGGACGUUUCUGUCAAAGAGUCAAGUGCACACGAAACUGUAAUGGGCGAGGCUAUUGUCGGACACAUGACAAGUGUACGUGCAGGAGAGGGUAUUAUGGACCUAACUGUCAAUAUGCUUCGUGUUGGCCCCGCUGUCCCGAAGGUCAGAGGUGCCCAAGUCCCAGCGUUUGUCGGUGUCGCCGUACUACCAAUGGUCACAUAUGUCAGUGCACAGUCAGGACGUUAUACUCCGCACGAUACCAACAGAUACAGAACCACCCUAAAGUCACAAGGAGGUUAAGUUACCGACUGAAGCUUAACAGAUGAACAUAUGUCGAUGUUAUAGCAAUGAAGUCAGAAGACCUCUACGGAAACGUAUCCGGAAUCAAUAACGUUAUUAUGGUGUUUUCCUAUGGAGUUAUUGAAAACGAACUGAAAUGAACUCUAAAGAUGGACCUGGUACUGAUAAUUAAGUUCUUCUUUGUAAUAUAGUAUUGACGUUUCAUGUCCUUCCUGGAAAACAAUACAGGACAUUAUAUACUCACGCGAGAUACCACUCACGUGUUAAGGUCAUGUUUCCCGAUCAGACGUUCAAUUUCAAUCACCAAUCACUUGUUAAGAACACUUAUUCCCAUCAGCUGUGCAAAGUAUUGAGUGUACAUUUGAAAUUUGUGUACAAAUAAGAAUAUUCACAUUCAGUUCUGGUAUAGAAAACAUAAAGACGGCUUCCGUGGACAAUGUCGCCGAUAAUGAGGAUAAAGGACGUGUUUAAACAGGACAACACUUAAAAGUUCCGGUAGCUAUAUUUUUGUUCAAAUAGGCUGAUUUCAAGGACAUCAGAAACGGAAGACAGUGCGGAAUGGUUGCUAUGAAAGGAUUCAAAUCCUUUUGCUAUGAGCUUCAAUAAUAUAUUUCUGUCAGCUGACACAUUUACACCGGUGACCACACAAUCAUAAGUGCAAUAUCAAAGAUGACAGCAUGCUUCACUGACCGUCUUUAUUAGUGUGGAGAUUUCGGAUAUAGUUCCGGGUCAUAAUCUGUGUGUUUGGACAAUGUUUGUGGUGCUGUGAGGACAUUCUAUGAUAUUAUUUCGGACAAGGCUGAUGAUGGAUAUGACGUUUAAGAGUUAACGACUUUUAAUAGACAUAUACAAGUAUCAAAUUAAAGUGUCUUAUUGAUAUUAUAUAUUGUACACAUAAUUGCUUUAUUUAAUGUUAAUUAUAUAUUAUGUUAUUUAAUACUCAGCUAUUGGUGUAGUAAAUUAUUAUUAUAAAAAUAAUGGCUAUGCUAUUUUCAUAUUUGUUAUAUUUAAGUAUGUCAUUUCAUAGUGUUUCUUAUUUUAUUAAUAACUCUUUUAUAGCAAUCAAUACAACAUGUAUGUCAAUUAAACUAUGCUAAAAUAUAUAAGUGCUUCUUACAGUUGUAUACCGAUAUAAUGUUAUGUAGAAUCUCUCUAGUUACGACCUCGAUAGUAAGAUAUAUAUUUAUAUAAAUGAUAAAGAGGUAAUUACUUAUUCGAUCCUUACGUGGGGUUCCGCUAUGUACAGUAUAUAAGUACUGACAACAGAGAUAGCGUUUUGUCUUGUGUUUACUGUAAGUAUUUUCUCGUGUUUGUGUAGAUGUUUUGUCUCGAGUCAACUUUAAAUGUGCUGUCUCGUGUUUUCUGCAAAUUAGUACGCCCCUUCUUCACCCAUAAGUAAAGACUGCAUAUAGUAAUAAAUGUGCGUGAAAGCUUCCGUGAAUCCGUGCGUCCACAUUAGAGUUUUCGUGAACCCUGGGUUAACUCAUAUACACACGAUAACACACUAUCUAGGCCUCCGUCUCACCAGAUUUCAGUGGUCUUUGGUCAAGGAUUAGAGUUAACGAUGACACUUGAUCAUACUAAUCGAAGGAGUGGUCAACCUAUGUGAGCCCCUGAUCACUUUGCUUGCAUUGUGUCGUAUUAAAUAUAAAUAAAUUAUGGUUAGACAUGUGAACUCUCGACACAUAUUUCGUUAUUUCGCCAUAAAUGAGCAUUAAGUUUGAUAAUUUUGAGAUGUGGUUUUUGACCUCUGAUAUUGAAUAUGUCAUCUACGGUACUUUCAACUUUUUACCCACAUUUAGGUUAACUAUAUAUCUGGAAUGUUUUAGGUUAACUAUAUAUCUCGAAUAAUUUAGGAUAACUAUAUAUCUCGAAUGUUUUAGGUUAACAAUAUAUCUCGAAUAUUUAAGGUUAACCAUAUUUCUCGAAUAUUUUAAGUUAGCUUUGUUUUUCAAAUAUUUCAGGUUAACUUUAUGUUUCGAAUAUUUAAGGUUAGCUAUAUCUCGAUUAUGUUAGGUUAACUAUAUAUCUCGAAUAUUUAAGAUUAACUGUAUAUCUCGAAUAUUUUAGGUUCACUAUAUAUCUCGAAUAUUUUCGGUUAACUAUAUACCUAAUUUACCAUCCACACACCCAAAUCAAAUCAGAUUUCAUGUUUCGUUGGAUAGAGUUCAACGGGAGAGAUGAUUAUGAGGAUCAUGUUCUCUUUUAAAUAUGUUUUGUAUGUUUACACUGUGUAUGAGGAUAAGGAACAUUGAGUUGUUCAUAUGUUACAGCGUUAUCUAUGUGUUAAAUCUCUUAUUAUCUACAGUAUAUGUUUUGCUUAUUAUGAGUUUGCUAUUGACACUGUAUGCAUCCAAUCAAAUUUAUUUAUUUUUAUUUCCUCCUCAGAAAACAUGUCAGGUGAUCAUUAUAAACGAGUACCUAAUUGUUUUAUAUUGAACAGUAUAAUGUUGUCUACUUUUACUAAAUGUAUUUGUUUUAUAUGAACACAAUAAAGAUA